GUUAGUCGACCAUUCGUCUGCCUACAAUGCAAUCAAGAUGGCGGCUUGCAGAGUAUUUGUUUCUCUAUCGUGCUACGGAAUGUAAACGGUGAAUUUCUGUGUUCUUGCAAAGAAAACGACAUAUAAGACAUCGAACAUUAACCAGGAAAGCAGGUGGGGCAUAUCUGCGCAGGGAAACAGGACUUCCUUCGCUCAAAGCGACCUUGAAAGUGACCAGCUACUCUCACAAUGUGAUUGCGCUGGAAAACGCCCCCCUGCCCAAGUUUGAGUGAAAAAGUUGAGUGUAUUCGGAUUGCAGUUGGUAGCUGAGCCUUCUCCAUCCGAGGAAACCAGGCGACAAAAACAAAGAAAUGGCGUCACUCUUUGAUCAGUAUGAAGAGGUCACAUCACAGUCCGCAGGCUACCUGAGCAGCGGCCGCAGCGCAUUCCCCGAGUUGAACUUGCAAACGGGAUACAUCAAUGCGUGCCUGGAAGAUGAGGCGCCCAUGUUCAAGAAGACCAGGAUUACAUUCACGCCGUCCCAGCCGCUCACCCAUCUCGUGGCCAGCAAUCAGAUGCUGGUCUUGGCGAUGGCCCACAAGGUUCUGCUUCGCAUAGACCUCAGGGACCCCAACCACCCCGACGAGAUCGACCUCAACCGCUCGCUGGGUGACAAGGGCCACUCGGCGAGGAUCUACCAGAUGUUCCUGGAUCCGCUGGGAAAGCACCUCUUUGUCAGCGUGGUUCAGGCCGAGUCGGACGCCUCGUUCGACAACUACUACCUACGUCAGAACGCAGCCAAGGCCUUGUCCAUUCAGAAGCUCAAGGGCCAUGUCGUCAGCGCGGUUGGGUGGAACUACAACAACGCUCCGGAAAACACGUCCACCGGAUACAUCCUCGUCGGCACCACUAAAGGUCUUAUUUUCGAGGUGGAGCUGGCGUCGGCGGACGACCGUUUCUUUCUCCAAGCUACGCCGGAGAAGUACUGCAAGUUGGUGUACCAGCUAAGCCAGGACACGAGCAUCGGGCCAAUCAUGGGCCUAGAGUUCCGUCACUUCAACUCCGGAGGGGCGGAGCCAAAGUGCUUUGUCGUCGUCAGCACUCCACGGCGGAUCUACCAGUUCGUUGGCCUGCUAGGGGCCCCCGGGGAACAGCCAAUGCUUCUGAAGGUCUUCAACACCAAUGACGACGUCUUGGAACGAUGCAAGGAGAUUCCAAGCCGGCUGAGGUACAGCGUCCUCCAGCUCUGGAGUCCGAGUCCUCAGGACUGCCCAACCAAGUUUGCCUUCAUGCUGGAGCCUGGGGUCUACUUUGGUGACAUUCUGGUUCCAAGUUUAGAGAAGGAUUCCAAGAGGGACUCCAAGACAGUCAUCUUCAACCCCAAGCUGCUGGAAUAUGCGAGAGGUUCCGCAAAGCCAGCUUCGUCGGAGAAGCCGCUUUCCAUGGUGCUUACGGAGUUUCAUACCAUGGUGCUCUUCCACGAUAGGUUAAAGGUUUACUGCCUGCUGAAUCAGGAGCUGGUCUUCGAGGACGUUUUUCCCGAGGCAUACGGACGGACAAUUGGCGUCGCCAGAGAUCCGGUCUCGGGAAUGGUGUGGGCGUUCUCGGAACUGGUCGUGUAUCGGUACAAAAUCGAGAGCGAAGACAGGCACGUGUGGGAGGUGUACCUAAAGGACCGCAACUAUGAACUCGCCAAGAUGUACUGUAAGGGUGACCCACAAAAACUGGACCAGGUUUUUACCAAGCAUGCUGAAGACCUCUUUGAAAAACAAGAGUACCUCGAAAGUGCUCGGAUCUAUGCCAAGACCUGCGCCUCCUUCGAGGAGGUCUCCCUCAAGUUUCUUCAACACGCGGAAGAAGACAACGAGGAGGCGCUGCGGUGCUUCUUGUCCAAGAAACUCGAAGGCCUAAAGGCGUCUGACAAGACGCAGACGACCAUGAUCACCCUCUGGCUCGUGGAGCUGUUCCUCAACCGCCUCGGCAUGCUGAGGACCGCCGGGCGGCAGAACGAAGCCACCUACAGGAACCUGGCCGCAGAGUUCAAGAAACUCCUUCAGGAGGAUAAGGUCAAGGACUGUGUCAGCAACAACAGGAGUGCGGUCUACAAGCUGAUCUCCAAGCAUGGGGAGGAGAACAUCCUCAUCGACUUUGCCAACAUCAUGAAAGACUUUGAGAGGGUCAUCCAAUACCACCUCCAGAACAAGAACUUUGUGCCUGCACUGGAAGUUCUGAUGAGACAGAACGACGUCGAGCUGGUGUACCAGUUCUCGCCGACGCUGAUGCAGUGCAUCCCGAAGAAAACCGUCGACAUGUGGAUGACGUGGAACGCGAGAGAGCGGCGGCUGGACCCUGCGAGGUUGAUACCGGCGUUGGUGCAAAACGACAACACGCGGGACAAGACGCAGGGCUACGAAGCCAUCCGCUACCUCGAGUUCUGCGUGAACAAGCUGGGCAAUCACGACGAGGCAAUCCACAACUACCUCCUCGCCCUCUAUGCCAGGCUGGAGCCCGAGAAGCUGAUGAAGUACCUUCUCAUCGAGGGACACGACCAGGUGACUGUGCCAUACGACCUCAAGUAUGCCCUCCGCGUUUGCUCGGAGCUAGGCUUAACGGAGGCCUGCGUCCACAUCUACUCCACCAUGGAGCUGUAUGAAGAGGCCGUCGACUUGGCCCUCAAGGUUGACAUUGAGCUUGCCAAGACAAAUGCAAACAUGCCGGGGAACAACGAGGAACUCAAGAAAAAGCUUUGGCUCAAAAUUGCCGAGCACGUGGUCAAGGAGGAAAAAGACAUCAAGAGGGCCAUGGAAUUUCUGCAAGAGUGUGACCUCAUCAAGAUUGAAGACAUCCUGCCUUUCUUCGACGAAUUUGUCACCAUCGAUCACUUCAAGGACGCCAUCUGCUCGUCGCUGCAAGAGUACAACAUGCACAUUGAGGAGCUCAAGGUGGAGAUGGAGGACGCUACGCAGAGCGCCAAGGAAAUACGCUCAGAGAUCCAGGCCUUCCGCAACAAGUUUUCGGUAGUCAGAGCCGACCAGAAGUGUGCAGUCUGCGAGUAUGCCGUGAUGAACCAGGCCUUCUACAUGUUUCCCUGUGGGCACAUGUUCCAUGCUGACUGCCUCUCCAGUGAAGUCCAGCAGCACUUGACGCCCACGAAGGUGAGCCGCAUCGACGACAUCCACCGGCAGUUGGCCUCCCUCGGCGGCCACGACGACAACGUGUCGCUGUCGUCCACAUCGGGGAUACCCACGCUCAGCACCCGCGACAAGCUCAUGAAUGAGCUGGAUGAUCUGAUAGCUUCAGAAUGCCUUUUCUGUGGAGAGCUCGCAAUAAGGUCUGUGGACGAGCCUUUUGUAGACCCCGAAAGGUAUGAAGAGGUCAUGAGGGACUGGCGAUAGCUCGAAGCAGUCAACCUGCCGAAGUGUAAAUAAAGUUGAGAGGGCCUAUCUUGAUUGAGUACCAACAUUCCCUUUGAAAUAAAACCAGUAUCUCUAAA